AUGCCCCUCUUCACACUAACACCCCCCAACCUCCUGUCUCUUCCUUCAUCCAACCCACUCACUUUUAUCAACAUGUCUAAGCUUUUCAUCGGCGGUCUCUCCUGGGGCACAGACGACCAGUCUCUGCGCCAGCGCUUCGAGGAAUUCGGUGUCGUUGAGGAGGCUACCGUCGUCAAGGACCGCGAUACCGGCCGCAGCCGUGGUUUCGGUUUCGUGCGCUACACUACCGAUGAUGAGGCUACCAACGCUAUGAACGCCAUGAACGACCAGGAGUUCGACGGUCGUCGCAUCCGUGUUGACAAGGCUACUGAGCGUGGCGCCGGCGGCGGUGGCCGUGGUGGCUUCGGCGGCUUCGGCGGUGGCCGUGGCGGUUACGGUGGCGGUAACGGUGGCUACGGCGGUGGUUACCAGCAGCAGGGUGGCUACCAGCAGGGCGGCUACGGCGGUGGUAACGGUGGUUACUAA